AUGCUUAUUUGGGAGGAGGUGAACUUAACAUUAGGUACGAGGGUCAAUGCCUCGCAGGUGACUCAGAGAGUCCCUUAUUUGGAAAAGUUGCAGAUGCUGGUUCAAAGUGAAACUUUGGAAGCUGGUCAAUUGAACUUUAUAUCCUCUAUUUUACUAAAAACAUAUGCAACAUACAAUGAUACCGCGUCUAAGAAAGUAGUUAUGCUCAUUUUUAAAGACAUAUUACGCUUGGAACCAAGACUUUUCAAAAUCUACCUACAGUUUAUCAUAGACCAGGUGUCCCCCCAUGUUGGUGUAAAAGCUGUUGCUGGUUAUCUAAAUUUGUUGGAGUGGAUUAAUUCCUUCUUGGAGUUUGCUUCUCAAGAUGAAACUACUCUCGAGUCACACGUCUCCAACUUCUUAGAAGCCCACUGUUUUAUUACUGGUGGUGUGGAAGCUGUAUUAGACAAUCAAGAGUCAACGAAAAAAUUACACAAGAAAAGAAACCAGCACAAUUCAAGGAUUCGCCAUAGUUUAAUUCAGUCUACGAGGCGGUCCCUGGUAUUUACUCUAGACAGAGAAAACGAUACCUCUAAGACGAUGGAUACUAUGUUGAACAUUUUGCUAGAUGAAAGCAUCAAAGCGAAAUUCCCACCUGCAGGUGUUGUGACUUAUAUUGGUGCACUUGUCCAGGCAGCAUUACAACUGCUUCAAAAGAAACCUGCUCUAUACAACUUGUUACAAGAAAAAUACGUCGAGAAAUACUGUGCCUUCAUUGGGAAGGAAGUUAUCAUCGGAAAGGCUCCAGUUUCAACUGCCUGUUUAGAAAGCUCGCUUUCUCCAUUUAUUAAGGAGUUUAUCAAUGAAGAGCUAUUCAAAACCUCAUUCCUGCCAAACCUUGAGAAAGGUAUUCUUAGAGCUCCAGAAAAUGGUUUUAACAUCGCUGCCGAGUUUUACAGUGCAGUGGAUUUUGGUAAGAUUGAUAUCUUGAAUAUUUUUGUUUCAUCGAAACUGAUGACUCAAACAUUUUCCAACCUAAAAAGUUCCAAGGAACCUGUGAAAAUGGCUGCUUUGAAUUCGAUUGUGGCGUUAUUGUCGAAUGCACCACCUCAAAAGCUGGCUGAACCAGAUUUGGAGAAACUUGUUGAUGAAGUUUUCAAGAAUAUCAAGGCGAACUUAAACGCAGAGUAUAAAUCACUGGCCUCGAAAAUCCUUAUCAAGGUGCCAGUCAACUCUCAAACAGUUUCUUCCAAGCUAGUCACCGGUCUGUCCAAUUAUAUUUUGAAGGAAUCGAAUGAAGCUGCUUUGUCGUUAUUGCUAGAUGCAUUUUUCACACAUUACUUUUCUCUUCCUGACUUGAUUGAGGAAAUUAACAAAACCAUCAAGGCUGGUCUAAAUGAAAAGAAGGUUAAUCUGAAAAAAUUAUGGAUGAUCUCAUUUUUAAAACACUGCUCUCAGGCCUCAGCUGAACUGCUCGAUGUUUUCUCAGAAAGCUUAAUGGAAUUCUUCUCUGAAACCAUGAAUAAUCAAAAUAAGCAUGAUCACAAUAGCAUUUUGGCAUGUUCAGAGUACAUUGAUAGAGUCGAAACCCUAGCUAUGGGAGAGCUAACUUCAAAGAUACACGGUGUAAUAGAAAAUCUGCCAGCUGAAUUUUAUUAUGGUGAUUCCCAUGUCAAUGCCACUCUAUCCACAAUUUUGCCCUAUAAUGAUCGUAUUCAUGCAGCUAAACUAUUGAGGCGGGCAUUCGAACGGAAUCCCAAAUUAGUCGGUUUAGGCGUCGUCAGAUCGCUCGAAAAGAAAAUUCAGGUGAAUAAAUCAACUUUGACGGAACAGAAUGUUGCUUUUAAGUUUAGUGCCCCAAUUUUCAACGCUAUUUCAUGCCCCGUUAGCGAUAAACUAGCUCAGCAAGAAGUUUUGGUGCAGUUGUUAAUUAUUUCACAAUAUCCAUUCCAACUGAAAAAUGGAUGGGCUGGGCUGGUGCUCAAUGCGGGAAUGAACCCCUCUAUGAUCAUUGCAGAGAAUUCAUCUCAGAUAAUGGAGCGUAUUCUUGCUGUUACUAACGACAACAGUAUGAAUGGCACACCACUGUACGAAUGUGUACUAAAGGCCGCGGCUUACUCAUCAUUUGUAAAUCCUAAGGCAAUGGCCCCAUUACUGGUAAAGACCAUUGAAUCUGAUCUAGCAACCAAAGACAUUACCAAGUACACCACUACCGAUCUGGAAAUCUGGAAAGGGGAAGAAGGAACCAUGGUCAUUGAUGUUGUAGAUAAACAAACGGCCAGCAAACUGGCAGAUAAAAACUCCAAGGACUACGAAACUCUAAAGUGGGAAGAAAGCAUAAAAAAGAAGCAAGCGAUGAAGACUGCUAAGAAAUAUACCAAAGAACAACAGGUUCUGGUAAAUGAACAAUUGAAAAAGGAAUCGACCAUAAGAUCUGAAAUAUCAGCUGCAGUAUCGAAAAUCAAGCGUGGUAUUCAGUUGAUCAACUAUUUGAGUAAAGACGCGCUCAUGGUGGACAACGGUAUACAGACAUGGUUUCCAACUGCCAUCACCAAAUUAUUAGAGUUGGCACAGAUCGAACUAUCUUCUAAGCUAGUGGAUGGUGCAGUCAAUGAUGCAUUCUUGAAUGUCUCGUCUAAUGUGUCUGACAGACUAGAUAGUACUAGAUUAUUCAUUGGUUUAGCAAUUCUACGUGUCCAUAAAGUGGCCAACAUUUCAGAAAACUAUAUGCAAGAAUCACUAACUGAACUUGUAUCAAGAGUUUUGUUCAGAAUAAAAUUUGUUGCUAACCAAAAUGCCCUAGAUUCUAUUAGCUUGACCUACUUGCUGCCUUUGUUGAUCAACGUCUUACACGAGGGUAUGGCAGUCGCCCUGAAGAACGCUAGUAAGCCUGUUCACAGAACAGAGUUUGUGGAAGAAGACAAAGAAGAGGAACAUUUGUUAUUGGCUAUGGAAAUUAUUUCAAUUCACGCACAGGCGUUCCAGGAUUCCUCAAUUCCUAGAGUUCCCAUUAUUGGUGUUCUGCUCUCUUUGUUGGGGCUGGCUUCCAAGGCAAAAUUUGCCAAGGAUUGUUUCAACGCAUUAUGUCAAAGCAUUUCAAUAUCCCCAACUAAGGACGAUCUGGCUAUCAUAUUAUCGCAUUUAUUAUCACCCAACCCCUUUGUCCGCGCCACUGUUUUGGAGACCUUGGACAAUGAAUUUGAACUUGAACCGUACAUGAAAUGGUCACCUGAGGUUUUCAUCUGUAGGUUUGAAUCGGAUGCAGGUAACCGUGAAUUGGCUGAUUUUAUUUGGGAGUUCAGUCACUUCACUGUCACUGAAGAACUGUUAAAGUCUUUGUUAAACUUCUUUGAUAAGGAUGAUAGUGGCCUUCGUUUAUUUGUUGCUAGAGCUUACGCCGCGGCCACAUUUGCUCUGGAAAAGGAGGACAGUGCACUCCUGAAAAGCAGCAUUGGUAUGCUCAUGGAUUUUUACAAAGGGAAAGCCAAACCCUUGGAAGACGUUAUCGAUGAGUUCGGUUUGGUUACUAUCAGUGCGUCCGACCGUAAAGAUACGUGGCAGGAUAGAAGUACAGCAGCCAUUGCUUUGAAGGAACUAAGUGUCGGCUUGAAGGAUGACACUGAAGAUGUGGUAGAUAUUAUCAAGUUUCUGAUUCAGGAUGGUCCUCUUGGUGACACUUCGGCUCUAGUUCGUCAAGAAAUGAAGGAAGCAGGGAUUGAAGUUAUUGCUCUGCAUGGAGCUGAAAAAUCCGAGGAACUGAUUCCGAUUUUUGAACAAUCCCUAACUUCUAAAACGUCUACGACUAUCAAAGAAAAUGUCAUUAUUUUGUAUGGUACGUUAGCGAGGCAUUUGCAAAAAGAUGACCCGAGAAUCCACACCAUCGUUGAUAGACUAUUAGCUACGCUGGAUACUCCGUCUUCAGAGGUCCAGCAGGCGGUUUCUGCUUGUAUUUCUCCGUUGGUUUCUCAAUUUAGGGAUAAUGUCGAAAGCCAUAUCAACGAUUUGAUGUCAAAACUUCUAGAUCCUAACCUACCUACUAGUGUUAAAAAAGGUGCCGCGUGGGGUAUUGCGGGUCUGGUGAAAGGUUACGGUAUUCUGGCUUUGUCUGAGUUUGAUAUCAUUCGUAAUUUAAUCGAAGCCGCUGAAGACAAGAAGGAACCCAAACGCCGUCAAUCUGUUGCGUACUUAUUCGAAUAUCUGUCGCUAUCUCUAGAGGAGUACUUUGAACCCUACAUCAUUGAAAUAUUGCCAAAUAUUUUGAAGAAUCUUGGGGAUUCUGUUCCAGAAGUCCGUGACGCAACAGCUCAAGCAACAAAGGUCAUUAUGGCCCAUACUACCAGUUAUGGUGUUACAAAAUUGAUUCCAGUGGCCAUUUCAAACUUGGAUGAAAUUGCAUGGCGGACGAAGAGGGGUUCUGUUGAACUGUUGGGUAAUAUGGCGUAUUUGGAUCCUACGCAACUUUCUGCAUCUCUGUCAACCAUUGUUCCUCAGAUCGUUGGUGUCUUGAACGACUCACAUAAAGAGGUUCGUAAGGCUGCAGACGAAUCAUUAAAACGUUUUGGUGAAGUUAUCAGAAACCCUGAAAUCCAACAAAUGGUUCCAGUUCUUAUCAAGGCCAUUGGCGAUCCUACGAAGUAUACGGAAGAUGCAUUGGAUGCGUUGAUCCAGACCCAGUUUGUUCAUUACAUCGAUGGGCCAUCUUUGGCUUUGAUCAUCCAUGUUAUUCAUCGUGGUAUGCACGAAAGGUCAGCAAACACCAAGAGAAAGGCCUGUAAAAUUGUCGGGAACAUGGCUAUUCUGGUAGAUACAAAGGAUUUAUUGCCAUAUCUACAGCAAUUGAUAGAUGAAGUAGAGAUUGCUAUGGUAGAUCCUGUUCCAAAUACCAGAGCCACAGCUGCUCGUGCACUUGGUGCUUUAGUGGAAAGAUUAGGUGAAGAGCAAUUCCCAGAUUUGAUUCCUCGUCUGUUGGAUACUUUGAGUGACGAAACAAAAGCGGGUGAUCGCUUGGGUUCCGCUCAAGCUUUGGCUGAAGUUAUAAGUGGUUUAGGUUUGUCCAAGCUAGAAGAACUGUUGCCAACAAUCUUAAGUGGGGUUUCCAGUUACCGCUCGUAUGUUAGAGAAGGUUAUGCGCCCUUGUUGUUAUUUAUCCCAAUCUGCUUUGGUGCUCAAUUUGCCCCAUACAUUAAUCAAAUUAUUCAACCCAUUCUGGCUGGCCUUGCUGACGUUGACGAAAAUAUUCGCGACACUGCGCUGAAAGCUGGUAAAUUGCUUGUCAAGAAUUACGCCUCCAAGGCUAUUGACUUACUGUUACCUGAACUGGAGAGGGGUAUGUUUGAUGAAAAUGAGCGGAUCCGUUUGUCUUCUGUUCAGCUAACAGGAGAAUUGUUGUUCCAGGUUACUGGUAUCUCUUCAAGAAAUGAAUUUUCUGACGAAGAUGGUGAGUAUCACGGAGAAGUUUCAAACAAGAUUGUUGACAUCCUGGGUCAAGACCGCCGUGACAGAGUUUUGGCUGCCUUGUUUGUGUGCAGAAACGACUCGUCGGGUAUUGUCCGUGCUUCUACUGUUGAUAUCUGGAAGGCGUUGGUGCCAAAUACUCCUCGUGUUAUCAGAGAGGUUCUCCCAACUUUGACUGUGAUGAUCGUCACUAACUUGGCGUCCUCGUCUAGCUCUUUGCGUAACAUUGCUGCUCAGACACUAGGUGAUAUGGUCCGUCGUGUCGGUGGGAAUGCUCUGUCUCAAUUGCUACCUACUUUAGAUGAGUCAGUGGCAGAUGCCACCAAUCCUGAUUCCAGACAAGGUGUUUGUAUCGCGCUGUAUGAAUUGAUUGAAUCUUCGAAUACAGAUGCCUUGGAAGAGUUCUUCCCAAUCAUUGUCAACAUUAUUCGUCAAACAUUGAUUGAUAGUAGUAAGUCGGUCAGACAGGCGGCUGCAGCCUCCUUUGACGCAUUCCAAACGGUUGCUGGUAAGGUUGCUAUUGAUGAGGUCAUUCCUUACCUUUUGAACAUGCUGGGUACUUCCGAAAAGUCGGAAAAUGCUCUGUUGGGUCUUCAAGACAUUAUGUCCACAAAAUCAGAAGUUAUCUUCCCGGUUUUGAUUCCAACCCUACUGGCUCCACCAAUAGACUCGUUCAGAGCAUCCGCCUUGGGGUCGUUAGCCGAAGUUGCUGGUUCAGCGCUGUACAAACGUUUGUCGGUUGUAGUAAACUCGUUAGUCGAUGCCAUCGUCUCUUCUACCUCUGAAGAAGAGCGUGAGUCUUUGAACAAUGCUAUGGACAAGGUAUUCUUGUCGGUUACAGAAGAAGAAGGGUUGCAUCCUCUGAUGCAGCAGAUAAUGGCUUUGCUGAAGAACGAAAACAUGGAAAAGCGUAUUGCAGUUUUGGAUCGCCUACCAAACUUCUUCGAAAAAACAGUUUUGAAUUUGGACGUGUAUGUUCCUGACUUUGUCAGUAAUGCUAUAUUGUUUAUGGAUGACAAGGACCCAAGAGUUGUGAAGGGUAAUUGUGAUGCGUUGACUGUUUUGCUGAAGAAGCAAGACAAGGCUAUGUUGGAGAGAUUAGUUAAACCAGCUAAACAAAGCUUAGCGAUGGUCGGAACUCCACGCAGUGACUUGGCCGCCUUUACCUUACCAAGAGGCCCCAACUGUGUUCUGCCAAUCUUUUUGCAUGGUUUGAUGUAUGGUUCGAAUGAUGAGCGUGAGGCCUCUGCUUUGGCGAUUGCGGACGUUGUUUCCAAGACGCCUUCGGCUAAUUUAAAACCGUUUGUUAGUGUCAUCACAGGUCCUCUAAUUCGUGUUGUUGGGGAAAGAUUCAGCAGUGAUAUCAAGGCUGCUAUUCUCUUUGCAUUGAAUAUUCUGUUUAUGAAGAUCCCACAAUUUUUGAGACCAUUCAUCCCUCAAUUGCAAAGGACAUUUGUGAAAUCCUUAUCUGAUUCCACCAAUGAAACCCUGCGUUUGCGUGCUGCUAAAGCACUGGGUACCUUGAUUGAGUAUCAACCUCGUGUUGAUCCACUGGUAAUUGAGUUGGUCAGUGGUACGAAGCAAACCUCUGAUGAGGGUGUCAAAACAGCAAUGUUGAAGGCCUUGCUGGAAGUUGUUACUAAAGCUGGUUCGAAGUUGAAUGAAACAUCGAAAUCAAACAUCGUCAACUUAGUUGAAGAAGAAAUGCUAGUGAGUAACGAUAAGAUGGCCAUUGCAUAUGCUAAGUUAAUUGGCUCUUUGUCUGAGAUCUUAUCCAGCGAAGAGGCAGCACACAUUUUGAAGGACAAAGUCUUGGAUGUUUCAUUAGAGGGCAACUCGGGUAAGUUCGCCAUUUUGACUGUAAACUCUUUCCUAAGCGAUGCGCCAGGCCAUAUCUUCCAAGAAUCAAUGGUGAGUCACUUUGUUGAUUACAUCAUUAGCUCGAUCAACUCCUCUGACGUUUACUUCAGUGAUAACGGUGUUAUUGCUGCUGGUAAGAUGCUGCUUCUGAUUAACGAGACUAAGUCUCCGAAGUCGAAAGUGGAGUGCAAUUCUGUCCUAAUUCUUUCUGAGGAAAAUAUCGCAAAGUUGACCAACAUUUUGUCUCUUGCGAUGAUCCGGCCAGUUAGCAACUCUAGUGAUACUAGAAGACUAUGUUUGGUAGUCACUAGAACUGUCGCAAGAUUCAAAUUUGAUGUUUGUGUCAAGCCUUACUUGGACAUUUUGGGCCCAUCUGUGUUUGCUUGUCUGCGUGAUCCCGUUAUUCCAAUCAAGCUUGCCGCAGAGAAGGCAUAUUUGGCCAUAUUCAAGCUGAUUGAGGAGCCCGACAUGGAGACAUUCCAAGGGUGGUUUGAACAGUUAUCUGCUGGUGGUACUGCCAGUGUUGAUACUGUGGCUAACACCACGAUUCAAUUGAGGUCCAUUGGUGACUACACGAAGAGGGUUGGUAAGAGACUAGCCAACGUUGAAAGAGAAAGAAUCGCUGACGGUGGUGAUGCGGAAACGUUGUACAGUGACAGGUUCGAGGAUGAGACUGAGAUCUGGGCUGUUGGUGGUGUUGAACUAAACCCGGAUGCUGUGUGA